AUGGCGGCGGCGGCGGCGGCAGCUCCGGCGGCCACGGCCCGUGCCCGCGGAGCCGGCCCGGCGUGGCGGCUGCGCCUGCUGUGCCAGCGCUACCAGGAGUACGUGAGGCGGCACCCGGCCGCCACGGCCCAGCUGGAGGGCACCGUGCGGGGGCUCUCCUACCUGCUGCCAGGUCGCUUCUCGGACUCGCACGCGCUAUCGGAGCUGGUGUACUCUGCGUCCAACCUCUUAGUGCUGUUAAAUGACUGGAUUCUCCGAAAGGACCUGCAGCAAAGUCUGCCCGUGUCACUGCCCCAGCAGAAGCUGCUGACCUGGCUGAGUGUGCUAGAAUGCGUGGAGGUCUUUGCAGAGAUGGGGACAGCCAGGGUGUGGGGGGAGAUGGGCCGGUGGACCAUCAUUGUCCUCAUCCAGCUGGCUAAAGCUAUCCUUCGUCUCCUGCUCCUGCUGUGGUACAAAGCUGGCAUCCAGAUGUCUCCUCCCAUCGUGCCGCUGAACAGGGAACAGCAGCAGCCUCUCCACCCUCAAGACACAGAAGACAACUCUGCAGGGAAGGAUCAGACCUAUGUUGGCAAGCGUUCCAGCCGUGUUGUGCGCUCUCUCCAGAGCACCCCAUCCCUGCAGUCCCGGCACUGGGGGUCCCCUCAGCAGAGGGAGGAGUCACAGAGCAGAAGAGCGGAGGAGAUGAACCAGCCUCCCACCCCGCUUGGUCUCCAAGAAACCAUUGCAGAAUCCCUCUACAUCACCCGCCCUCUGCUCCACCUAUUGAGUUUAGGAGUGUGGGGCCAGAGAUCAUGGAAGCCCUGGCUCCUCUCAGCAGUCCUGGACAUCUCAAGUCUGAGCUUGCUGAGUGAUCUGAAAGACUUAAACAGGCGAGAGCGAACGGAGCUGAGGCGACGAACUGUCCUACUGCUGUACUACCUGCUGAGAUCUCCUUUCUAUGACCGAUAUUCAGAGGGCAGGAUCCUCCUCCUUCUGCGCUUGUUGGCUGAUUAUGUGCCUGGAGUUGGCUUCGUCACACGGCCACUGAUGGAUUACUUGCCUGCUUGGCAGAAAAUCUAUUUCUAUAACUGGGGCUGAUGAGAAGAUGAUUAUUCUCUGCUAAGAUCAUGGCUGGACCUUUCUAAGGAGGGCAAGCAGGCUGGGGGGAGGGAUGUUGAUCAUGUCUAAUUCUCAGUUAAACCAUCAAUGAGAAGCUCCUGUUCUGCAGGGUGGGGAGGGGGGUGUAUGUGAUUUUUUUAAACGGAUCUAGCUGUGAAUCAUGGACACUACAUGUGUGCAGAGACUGGCCACCUAUUUCUUGGACCAUUCUGUGGCUGCAGUGAUGGUGGUGGGGCAAUCUCUUUUUUUAAGCACUUGUUUUUUCUCUUUUUGUACAGCUGCGCUAUAAUAAAGCCAGGCAGCAUAGUGAGGUUUUGGAGAGCAUUGCCUCACAUGUCAAGGCACUGAGGUUGAACUUGCAACCUGCUUGUGUUGGCCGUGCCUGGCCGAUCUGCUUGGAGCAGACUUGUCUGUCAAAUAAACUGACUGAUUGGGGAGAACUGA